AUGAUGGAGGAGGAGCCCUCGAGUUUCCAUGGAACCGGCGCCUUUGACCGGCUGCCGGUGAAUGUGAUAGAGCUCAUUCUGUAUGCCGCGGACGCAAAUGUCUUUGCGUCCCUGACGCUUUUAAAUCGACAAUGGCGGCGAGUCUCCGAGUCUUGCUCCCUGUAUGCGCAUCACCUAGCACGGUGUCCAUCUUUAGUAUGGUCAAAAGGGCCGCAAAAGAGAAUUCCAGAUGAAACCAGCAGCUUGAAGGACCUGAAGCGCCAGUUUUUGGAGGAAGUCAGGCGCAACGCCUUUGACGUCUUCCUUCGGCCUCGCCGGAAGUUGGUGCGUUUGAUCUCUAGCUCCAUGAGCUCAUCCACCCCGUCUCCUCAGGGCGAGGUCUUCCGAUUUUCAUUCUCGGCCCAUGGAAGGUUGCUUCUGUGCACGAGCUCAUCCCGUAUCGUGGUCUUGGAGGUAGCGAAAGACCCGAUUAUUGUGAAAUACGAACUGCAGACCCGUCGUCGCCCGCUAGGUGCAACUAUCUUGGAUGACGGCACUCUUCUUGCCGUUCAAUCAUCCACGCACCGCAUCAAUAUCUAUCAGCUGUCCGAACAAGGUGCGCGGCAUCUGCAGACCAUCUCCUUGAACGAGGCUCCUAGAGAUUUGUCUUUUGCGCCAAUGGGAAGUGUCUUGGCUUUAUCCUUUGAGGACUGCAUUGAGGUCCAUGCGGUUGGCGAAAGUGCCUUGUCAACAGAGCGUCGGGCUGCGCGCUGUCCUCGGGUUGACGCUCUUUGCUUUUCAUCGGAUGGGGCCAUGCUUCUUGGAUCGCCUGUUGAUCAUGGACACGGUGGCAUCGUCACGAUACCGGCUCCUUUCGAUACAGAUAUUGCCAUUGAUGCGUCGCCACUAGAGCUGCAGAUGCGCAUGUGGACAACUCAGAUUCUUUUCCCUGACUUCAUCCCCGGCUUCAGUCACGCUUGUCUCGUCCGUGGCCACGAAGAGGCGGAUGACAGCUGGGUGAUUGGUUACGACAAUACCCUGGCUGCGUUUCGGUCGAUCAAGGUCAACGCCGUCAACACCGGAGGCGUGUUUUUUGCAAGCCCUUUCCUGCCCCAGGAGUUGCGAGAAAGAAGCCCGGUGAUGUUGCCGUCUACCGACGAGGGGGGCGAACUGCUUGCGCUGGGGUUCCAGGACUCGGAAAUAUGGAUCUAUGGAUUGCCCGCGAGACUCGAUAUGACAUCGCCAGUGUCCAAUGGAGAAAGUACGAGAGAUACGUACUUGUGUGGCGAUCAUCACGGGCAUGGGCCUGUCAAGCCCUGUGACAGUCGAGCUCAGCUGGAAAAAGUCGUUCAACAACCGCGAAAGGCUAUCAUUCGAGGUCGGCAGAUGACAAGCAUGGCUGGAAUCAACGCAGGUCGCUGGGUGAGUCGCGCCGCUCUCAGCCAGUCAAGUCGUCGACUCGUCGUUGUCGCACCUGGUGGUGUCCGUUCGCAGCUUCUCAGCCAGGAAGAUGUCCCUGUGGACAGUGGACGAAUCCUCAUCUUGGACUUUGAUCGAUCGACGACGAAUGGCAGGGAACAGGAAAUAGACAUCGAAGUAGGAGAAACUGGACCAAUCAUUCUCCCUGAACCAGAUUCUUCACUUGACACUGAGGUGGAAUUGGAACGACGACGCACUCGUUUACAGCGUGUUGAGACCGAUACGGCAGUUAUGACAAAUCGCACAACCCAGAUUUCAACCGCAUUCGCACAAAAUACUCGUCGGACCGCUAGCCAACACAUACUUGGACAGCCUCCUUUGAUCGCGGCCGGCACCGAAACAUUUGUCCACGGCCGCACUCAUGAUGAAGUGACCGACAUUCCUUACGAUAAUGCACAGCCUCGCUCCCGGGAUACUCUUCGCCGAGCUGCCACCGCUGCAGCGUCAACUCGACAAAUCUGCGAUCCGCAAUAUCGAAACAGCACAGCAGGUGAACUCACUCCAUUUGAAAGGAAUGCCAAUAGCUGGGCGACACCUCCACCCCCAUACAGCCGCCAGGCAGAAGAUUCCCCGCAAGCAGCAUUGCAGGCAUCGCUUCUUCAGGAAAGACCAGUGACCUCGCACAUUGAGGCUCCUAGGCCAGUCCAGCCGAUACAGCGAGCCCAGACAACUCAUACCCCGCGAGUGAAUGGGCCAGAGCGCGCGCGGCCACAUUCUUCCUUCUUGCAGCGACUGGGAUCUUUCGCUAGCUCUCGACGCCUCGAAAGAAGCCAGCAAGGCCCCAGUGGUGGCAUAACAGAGUCACCUAGACCUCCGUUGGCCAGUCUUGUCUUUCCCAACCAACAGCAUACAUCACCUCACCUUCUGAUGACCCAGAACCCCGUUCAUCCCGACCCUCAAUAUCAAUCCGCCCCGCUGGAUACAACGCUGCCAGCCAUUCCUAGCCUCUCCACCCCCAUCGAUCAGGUCAGCUCGCCACAGCCUCUUCCCACUCUCCGGCUUCACACAGCUGGACAGCCGGCGCAUCAAGAACAAGCCACUUUGGGUGCAACAAUCCUCGGCGACAACUACCUCUCUUACUCUGUUUCCUCACCACACCUGCUCCACAUUCCACAGCCAUCCGGUAAUGCAUUAGAUCUCACGGAAGAAGACGAGGAAGCAGACAUCCCAGCUCGACAAAGAUCUUUCCGCCAACGAGCAUCGACCGAGCCAACCAGUCUACCGCCGCCCGAGAACGAAGAGUGGCGCAGACGUAUUGAAAAUUGGAACGAGCAGACUAUUCGAGAAAGGAGUCGGAAGCGGAGGAGCAAAUGCAUUGUUAUGUAA